AUGCCGACAAGGCAGAAGACUGACUCGAAGGAUUCAACAUGGGAUAUAAGCGGGAUGACCGCUCAGUAUGGAAAUCUACAAAUAUUCCCAAGCACUGUCACGGUGGAUUAUUCGAUCUCUUCUCCUUUGCCCAUGCCCAGUUCGUCUGGGACUGCAAGUCCGAGCCUAACAUCCGCCGAUAUCUUUGCCAAAAUUUGGGGCACAGACGAGCUGACAGUUUCUUACGGUAUGUUUGGGGGGGGGGGGGGGACGAUGGCACUCCCAGCCGAAGAGGCUGUCAUGGCAAGGCUCCUUGGCCCCAUUCUGAUCAGAGUGCCUACCGACCUUGACCUCACUGCAUUCAAGGCCUGUCGAACCUAUGAUGGAGGGCACCGCUCCUCUUUUGGGCAGUACUUCAAACACCAUGAAGCGCCCGAGGGGGGUUGGAUCAAACGUGACCUUUUUCACUGGACGGAUGAGAAGCUCCAAUGGUUCAAGGACCGCGGCUGCGAGUGGGUGAAGCCCAGUAUGGACCCCGGUGACUUUAUCCUGUGGGAUUCUCGCGCAGUCCACCACGGUGCCGCGCCUCUCGGAAACAACAAGCACACCUGCUACAAGCCCAUCGAGUUCUUGGCCGAAGAGCAAAGAGAACGCAAGGUCGAGGCCUUCAAGCGUGGCUACAUGACUUCACACGAUCCUACCGACUUUGUUCUUAAGCAGGAGCAGAUGGCAGACUGGAACAUCCUCCAUCCUUAUGGGCCUCCAACCAUCAAUAAGGCGACUCAGCAGACUAUUGGGAUGACCCCUUAUGAUUAG